UUUACCGGCUUGCGGAGUAAUAACAGAUAAUGUCGCUUGGACAAUGAUUAUAUAUGCUGUUUGCCUCAUUUGGCACCAACUUAGAUUUUUUUUAUCUCUGUGGAUUUUACUCCAAGAAGACAAGCGGGUCGAAAAUAAUUGUUAGGACAAGAUGACAGAGCAGAAUGUUAGUAUAACGGCGCCGAUAGAUGGAGACACACCAYAUGUCAGGAAUCAUCAAUUGAGCAAUGCUAUCGCAUCAGCAGUGAAUCAUGUUCUGGAUGGAUAUGACUGGAGUUUGAUCCCUCUUCCAGUGCGAGUCAAUGGUGGACAUAAACAAAAACCGCACGUCAAAAGACCCAUGAAUGCAUUCAUGGUUUGGGCCCAAGCAGCAAGGCGCAAGCUUGCUGAUCAGUAUCCUCACUUACACAAUGCCGAAUUGAGCAAAACUCUGGGAAAGUUAUGGAAGCUGUUAAACGAUUCGGAGAAAAAACCCUUCAUCGAAGAAGCAGAGAGACUUCGAAUCAAACACAAGCGUGAGCAUCCAGAUUAUAAAUAUCAACCAAGACGUAAAAAGCAAAAAGGGAAUGGUCCAGGAGACAUUGGCGACUCGACCAUCUCUGCGGAUGAUUUACUAAAAGUUUUGAAAGGUGAUAGUAAGCUGAUGCCGGGAAGCUGCGAGAGCAGUACGAGCUGUGCUAGCCCGGAGAGUCUUAGUGGCAGUGACAUAAGCAGUCCGAGCUCCAUUUCUGUCCCAAGUCCAGAGACACCAACAACUACGACUGCAGCGGUCAAACUAGAAGGAGAAAUCAAGGAUGGCACUCUGGGGCCCCAUGAUCUUGGAAUCCCAUUUACAUCCUGCUCCAAGAAAGGGGAUUCGCAUGGAAACACGAUCGAUUUUGAUGUGGAUUUUACGACGGAUCUCAUGUCCAUGGGCGACGUCGAUACCACAGAACUUGAUCAAUACCUUCCAACAUAUACUCAAGCCAUCUUGGAUCCCCCACCAGUCGUGUCCUCAGCCGCAGCUCUCACGACAACACAAGUAAACAACAUCGCUAAAACAAGUGUAAAGUUUCUGACUACGAGUACUCAACCUUCAAUACAACCCUCCCCUGCACCCCCAAGUUAUACAGAGUUCAUGGCACAGCUCCAGAAACUACCGACCGAAUGCAGUUUUCCACCGAAUCGUGUUGCUCCUUCCGCGACCAUGCAGCAAAGGCCGCAGACAGAUUCAAGUGCCGCGUUUUUUCCUUUCUCAGAGGCAGAUGUAAACGUUACUUCGAGUCACACACGCACACAGUUCGUGUCCCUUCCAACCACCGUUAAAUCUGUAUCUUCGAAUCCAGUUACUGCAAGUCAUGGGCGGACACAUACUCUCAUUUGGAAGUAAAAGUAAUGAAAGGGAACGAGAGACAAAAUUAAACACUGGAAGACUGAGAAGUACCAUGGAUGAUAUGUGACAAUUCUCACAAUGAAGAUUUUUUCCUUCAAGCAGGAUACGAGACUCACUCGUGACAAAUUUGCACAAAAGAUUUUGCAAAUAACAUUCAAUUAUGAACAGCAUACAUAACAUUAUAUAUAAAAACCCCCUUAGCUUCAGUGGGGUCGCUUCACAGCAAGGAAUAUUUUUUAACUUCGUUUUGUAAAUAUAUCUGUGGCUUAUAUGAUGAUAUUUGACAGACAAACACUGGUAAUGACAUUUACUCCAACCAAGUAAAUAAUUAUUACAAACUAUUUUCUUCUUCUUCUGGCUAUUUAAAAACCGUUCUAUUAGUGUUUAGGAAAUUUGAAAAGUUGAUUUAAAGCUGAAGAAAAUGUGUAACAUAAUCCAAAGGAGCUAGAGAGGUUGAAGCGAAGCGUGAUAUAGUGGCGUGAUUCCGUCGGUCGUUUUUACAUAAAACAGAACACUCCAUUACAUGUUAAACCACUUCAAAACCAACUUAUCAUUUUUUUCUAUCCUUUACUAAUAUUUUCGACUUCACGAAGAAGUAUCUUCGUGUUUAUUGUAAGUUAUGCCGUGUUAUUCUGAACGCUAAAUAAAACUUUUAUCAGAGU